CUCAACUCCACAUUCGGUCCCUCAGGUCGACUUGAUCUUUUAUAUCCUGCGUCGUCAACGUCAACUUUCAGUCCUCACCACUCACAUGUUUGCGUAAAUCGCCCUCGACCUACGUCGUCCGUCCUCUUCCUCCUCAACUUUUCUACCCAUUGCCCGUCCUCAACGACCAGCAAUCUCCCGCCCUCAUCGCACUCACCUCCCUCGUUCCGUUUUCUCUCACCGCCGCCUGAUCCUCCCUCUUUUCCAUACCCCUCCUCUCACCAUGUUCUUCCUCCUCCGCUAUUUUCUGUACUUUCUGGUCGUCUACCUCCUCACCACCAUGAUCACCUUCCUCCCAAACCCACCCCGAAUCCUCGUUUUUGUCGCUCGCAGUUUGACAGCUUACUUCAACCUGGUCAUCUGUGCAAUCUACGGCGUCAUCGCCAGCGCCAUCCUCAAAUCUCUGGGCAUUCACUUCAAGUAUGCCUUCUGGACUACCGCCCGCGCUUUCAAGUGGAUCAAUAUCUUCUCAACUGGCGUCAGAUUUGACAUCUUGGACAAUGGCCGCCAAAUCUUGGAUUCCAAUCGCCCUGCCGUCUUCGUUCUGAACCAUCAGACUGAACUCGACGUCUUGUUUCUAGCUUGGAUGUGGCCUAAACACUGCAGUAUAACCGCAAAAAAGUCUCUCAAAUCAAUGCCUUUUCUCGGUUGGUUCAUGGUCGUCGCCGGCGCCAUCUUCAUCGACCGGGUGGACCGUUCCCAAGCAAUGAAGGCUUUUGAUGGUGCUGCCACGGCAAUCCGCAGCAAUCGACAGAGUGUGGUGAUAUUUCCCGAAGGUACCAGAAGCUACUCCAAUGAGCCCAUGUUGUUACCAUUCAAAAAGGGUGCUUUUCACCUCGCUGUUCAAGCUGGCGUCCCUAUCGUUCCUGUUGUCGCCGAGAACUAUUCCAGAGUUUUGAAUAUCAAGGCGAGAAAAUUCUACAGCGGCACCAUUAGAGUCAAAGUCCUCGACCCCAUUCCUACCAAAGGUCUAACCGCCUCUGAUGUCGAUGCCCUGACCAGAGAUACUCGUGAAAAGAUGCUCCAAGCAAUCACCGAGCUGGCACAGGAUCCUGACUCGAAAGCCGUCGAUGCAAAGAAGCGCUCAUAGGAUCGUAAUUUGUCCCUCCAGCCGUCUUCAAUUCUCCCAUCAACCUGCUCUCCAGGCCGAUGGCCUGUUGCAGCUUUGCAUGUGUCGGCGCGUAUUGAGAAGACACUUGUCGCUAACCAGCCCUGAGGACUGCCUUUUUGGGAUUGGUGAACCCAUGACCCAGGAUCCCGACUUCUCGUGUCGCACACCGGAAAGCCACACAGACAUGCCGCUGUCUUUUAAAAGGCCACGUCUGCUCCAAGCACGAAACGCCGCCUCAGCCGUCAAUACGCAGUCUCGACGUACAAUAUGACAGUAUGCUUCCUGAGUACCUGUCGUUCGUUCGCCUGUGUACAGUCCAUUCGAAUUGUCAGGGGCAUCCUAUCACCUUCUGACGCCUUUUCCGGUCAAGAAGGUCAUACAGCUCUUCGCUUACAACUUUUCGCUUUCGUGGGACGUGGACUCUCUUCUUCGCUACAAAGAUAUUAAAGUAAACAAGGACCUCUGAACCUGCGAAGAAACGGACAGGGGAAACCCUGUAAACAUGAGUUAGGCUCCUCACUAGGCUGAAAUCUCGAGAUUCUUGGAAUGCCUAUGCCCUACCAACUCAACCCAUCGACCCAAGAAAAGACCUACAGGGGAGGAUGGUCGGCCCGCAUCAUUGACUUGUCGGACCCAAAACCGUUGGUAUACUCAUCGUGGCUACCGGAAAAGAAUGCCUCACAUUGCUUUCUGUACCCUGAGGGCGGGUCAGCAAGUUCAGAUUGACUAAAGAACAAAGCAAGAGGAUUGGCACGCCAUCUGAGGGUCAGCCCGUCGAGUUAUUGUUAGAUUCUAGAUCUGUUAGCCUUGUUAUAGAGGCCCAGUGGAGAAUGCAGAGGGACAUGAAUCGCCCCUAUCAUUACCUGAAUGGUAGCUCUAGUCUACGUGAACCUAUC